AUGCCCACCUCCUCUCCCGUCCACUCUCCCAGUCAAUCCAAUGGUCAAAGGAGUCUUUCCCGUGAGAGUGACGACAUUUCAACUCGCCCGAGUCUUUCCAGAGCGUCCUCACCAUCCGACCACGACGGUUUAAUGUCAGACGUUGAAUCUUCCAAGCCUCUCUUACCCUCGUUGAGGGACUUCUGCAGCGGCCGUCUACCUUCCAACGGCGGGUCAGCCCUCGAUGCCCGAAUUCGCGAUCUUGGCUUGGAACAACCACUUCCAGGGCCUCCUCCCGCACCCCGUGCCGUCUCCUCUGGACAUUAUUCUCCUUCUCCACCCAUAAGUCACCGCUCCUCGAGCACUAGGACCAGAGACGACGAACCUGAGUGGCGCAUGAUGGUAGACGCUUCUGCCCCAUCUCCAGACUCUGCACCGUCCAGUGCCCACUGCUCGCCAUACCAGAAUGAACGCGAGCUUCCACGCUUCAUCGAAAGACCCCCACAGCCCCACCCUGGCCACGAGCACUCGCCCCGUCGUCGGUCUUCAUCCAUCGAAUCCGACUCUGAUGACAGCUAUGCUUCAGUGCAUCGAGACCCAUAUCCACGGACGUGUUUACUGCUGAAUCGUCGUCAUAAUGCACCACCUGUCUACUACAGGUCUCAUUCCUUUGGCACUGACGAAUCCCGGUAUGACCGUCAAAGCCUUGGACUGCGUCCUGCUUUCCCACAACCCAGUACAUCAACAGUGUCCUAUCGCGACACCAGCCAACCAGAUCCUUACCGACCCAACAACAACGGCAAUAAUAACAACCCUCCCAGCCCCAACUGGGAAGACCAUGUCGAGAAAGCUGGGCGAGUUAACGGUACAGGACCUGUGAUGUUUACAUGUCGGUGGAAGAAAGACAACGAUCAAUUCUGCAAUUACACUGGCAAGAAGCAGCUCGCCAAACGGCACGUCGAGUCCGUGCAUCUGGCCAAGAAACCUCACGUAUGCCCAACAUGUCAAAAACCGUUUCCACAGAAAACUUCCCUGGAUAUUCACAUCCGUUCAGUGCACACCUUUGAGAAAUCCAUCAAAUGUGACCACUGCGACGCUUGUUUCAGUGACCCCGCCCGACGCCACAAGCAUAUCGGCGUUGCUCACCCUGACAAGGUUGUGAAGAAGGCUCGGCGUAAGAUCGCAUUUGACGAGAUUCAGCAUUUGCUUGUCAAAACAUAG